GGUUCCACUAGGCGCGCAGGGAGUUGCCUCCUGAGGUGUUCGCCUGUCGCUGGAUAAAAAGGCGGGAGCGUUAUUUAUAUGUAUAAAUCCGCGCCAUACAGGCAAAGAAGAAAAGCGGAAACCCGCGCUGAAUAUUCGCAGCACCAGAUAAACUGUACUAACACCUAAACGUGGUGUCGAAAUCUCGUCACUUUUUCCCAGUGUAGCUGCACUUUCAUUAAAUUCCAUUAUUUACGGCUUGUCAUCUCGCGCCUCCUCACCUGUGUGACCUGUCUCCCUCAUGAACAGUAAUAUUUUGAAUAAGUUUCUGUACUUUGACGGUGCAAUGGGGUUGUAGGGACCCCGGGGAUCCAGCAGAGGGCAAGGGAAUGGCGGUGUUCAACACAGAAUGUGCCAGCGCGGGUUAUUUUGGGAGUCCCCUUAGUCAGGGGAAUAGAAGCCACACACGCUGCUUGUUGCUGCUGAGAUGUCAGUCUCUCUGGGACACUCAGGGGGCUGAUCCUAAGGGGGAGAAAGCCAGGAAGGGGCAACAUUUCGGGAUCAUGGAGAGCUUGUGCCCCCCAGACAUUGAGAGGGCAUCAACUGUAUCCCUGGGGCUGGAGGAUGAAGUAUCCCCCGACACUGUACUGGACGCAGGGGAAGCAGAGGAGCUGACGCAGAGUUUAAAAGAAAUUGUCCAAGCUGAAGAUGUUAAACCUAGGUUGCAGUGCCUUAUGGCCAGCUCAUCCUUCUCUAUGUUGGCAGUUCAAUGUGAAGACAGUGGGAUACACUGGGAGACCAGCUCGAGUCGAUGCUCCACUCCAUGGGCGUCAGAGGCCAGCACCACCUCUGAUGUGUUCAGCUUGGAAAGUUCAGGUUCUGUCCCAGGCAAAGUUAUAUUUAUUAUGGAUGAGGGCAAAUUUCCCAGGAAAAAACACAGAUCAUCAUCAUCAUCUGGGUUACCACGGCAAUCCUCCCAUUCUAAAAGAAAUGCAGACCCUUCAAAGCGAGGACCUACGGACAACAUGGGAGAAGCUUUUAAACAAGCAUUAGAAAAAGCUAAAGAUACUGUGAAUACAAUCAAAAGUCCCAAUUUAAGAAAUGGUAACCCUGCAUCAAGAAGUUCUUUGAAAAAAAGGGCUACAGAAAUGCACCCACUUUUAGAAGAUACUAUGGAUUCUGUACCAACUGCACAGAUUCUUAACCCAGAAAGCAAAAAGGAUAUUCUUCAAAAUCCAGUGUUAAAAGAAAAGAUCUCAAUGACACCUACAGAUGUUGAAAAUCCGCUUCCAUCAUCUGGUGAAAACCAUUCAUCAACAACGGGUCCUUCAUUUACAAGUUUACCCACCUCACCUGAAAAAGCAGAUGACCUGAUGGCAAAUAAUUCUUCUAUCACAUCCAAAAGAACUCGUUUAGAAAGAAUGAACCGUCCAAUAGUUCCUCGGAAAGCCCUGAACAGUGUUUCAGAGAAUAUAGGCAAUCUCCUCUUUCCUGAAGGAGAAAAUACAUUAGCAAACUCUGAACUUGAUCAGAACACAGAUGAGCUGCCUGACACUCAAUCACAUGUUUUCAGUAUAGUCUCCGAUGGUUCAGAAAUAUUAAAUAUUCUUGCCCCGGAACUCAUAUCAACGGUUGACCUAGAAGCCAGUGAUCAAAUGGAAGAUAAACUAGAAUAUCUGGAUGAAAACCCUAUGCUUAUACCAAAGCAAGUUUGUGAGAUGGCUGAUAUAUUAAAUGAAACUGAUGAGUCAAAGAAAGAGCAGGUGCUAAAAGUUAAUACUAAUCAUAAUGAAAACUUGAAAACAUCAGAUCAGGAGACAGUAAAACCAUUAAAGCCAAAUAAAGUCACCACUGAUGUUGACUAUUUUGAAAAAUUUACUUUAAUCGACGACAAAGUACCUAUUGAAUCAGACUUUGUGAAACCAGAUCUCAAACUUGAAGUGGGUCUUGCUAAAGUAACAACAUGUGGUCCUUACAGUGAGAAUGAGAUGGCUGUUGAAGAUGACCUUUAUUUGUACGGUCAUUUGGAUGAAUCCUUCUAUGGUGUUCCUAAGGAUAAUGACUUUGAAGAACAAGAAUUUAAUUGGCAGAAUUCUGAUGUUAAUCAAGAAGACACAACAACACAAGAUAUACAGUCAAAAAUAUCCCUGUUUAAUGAGGAGGAAGGCACUUUGGAAAAAUCCUUGUUUUUUCCAACUUCUUAUCCAAUAAACCCAGAGCUUCUGGAGGAGCCACCAGCCUUGGCAUUUCUAUAUAAAGACCUUUAUGAACAAGCAAAAGGAGCAAAGAAUAAAGAUGAUUAUGACCAAUCUGAUGUCGAAAGUACCACUUCUGUGGCCACGUUUCAUAGCAGAACUUCUGAUGAUGAUGGAACUGGCAUUUACUUUGAAAAAUAUAACCUUAAAGAUGAGAUACCAGUUAGUGAUGCCAAGACAUAUUGUAAAAUUAAAUAUGAUUUACCUGAGAUUUCAGAUUACCUACAACCCGAGAGUGGUGUUACACCUGAUAUAAACGAUUACAAUACCACCAGUCUGAAUAAUGACAAGACUCUUGGAAGUGAAGAGUUUACUGACAUGCAGAGGGAGUCAACUUGUGAAGUUGUGCCUCACUAUAAUGAACUACAACAGAGAACUGUGGAGGAGGAUAAUAUAUAUGUGAAUAGUGCAAUAGCUGUCACAGAUGCUAGUGAAAGCACAAUUCUUGAUAUAAGUUCAACUGACCAAAUGCAUUAUAAAGAGGACGAGAUUGAAGAAAAAGACAUGUCUAUUCUUACUUCUGAAGCCACAGUCAGUCUAGAUGAUAAUAAUUUAGAAAUUCCUAAAUCUCAAGUGGAAAAUAAGCUGCCAGCCAUUGUUCAUGACAAAAGUAAAUCAGUACUAGAUACUAGCCAAGAAAAGACAGUACUUUCUUCAGUGAAUGAUGAGUCAAAACAGAUGCUAAAGACAGAUUUUAAAGAAACCAGAGAGGAAAGGGUUGUUGACAAAGAGAUUGCACCAGAAAGUGCAGGAGAAGUAAAGGGACUAUGUAUAAUUCAAGGUGAAGCAGAGCAUAACGAAGAAGAACCUGAAAUAUCCUUACAAACACCUCUGGGAGUUAUUGAAGAAGAAGAGGAAGACCUUGGUCUACAAAACACAGAGGAAACGGCUGAAUCUUUGGGCUAUAUCAUGGUUAACAAAGAUGAUCUACCACUGCGUGGAAAAAUGACAUGCAAAGAAAGUCAGUUAUUAGAACAAGAAAGUGAAAAAGAAUAUGAUUUAAUAAUGGCUUUGGAGCAGGAUGCUCAAAAGGAACUGGAAGAUUUAGGGUUUGAAGUUAUAGAGCAUGAAAAAUCCUCUGCAGAUCUGUCAGAAGAAACAUUACAAGGGGAUACCAAAAAGACUCAGGGUGACACUUAUUGCUACUCUUGCAAAAGUCCUAUAUUAGCCAUUGAUAAAAUAUUUGGCGACCAUAAGGACCAUGAUGUCACAGCCUUAGAUGAUGUAGUAAAUGAGAUGACAAAUAAUUUGGAAGAUCUCCUGGAGAGACUGAAGGAAAGCUCAAUGAAAACAGAGGAUUUUGUCAGCAGAGUGGAAUCAAUGUUUAAUGAUGUUGAGAGGAAUCAUACAGAAAGUGAGAAACUUUUGGAGGAACAGAAUGAGAAGAUGACCGGCAAAGUCACUGAACAACGGACUGCAAAGAGAGAGAACUUUGAGGAGCUGAAGAAGAUGAAGUUGGAGUACCUUUACGACCAGAUGGUUAGCUUCCAGCAGAAUGUUGAUACCGCAAGAGAGAUCUUAGAGAAAGCAGCAAAGGAGAUUGAAGAGCAGGACCCUAUAUUGUUUCUGACUUCACACGAUGAGACCAAUACCAGGCUCAUCUCAUCGACAGAAAGCACACUGUCACUAGAAAAGAUGCCCAGUGCCUUCUCACUCUUUGAACACCAUGCUGGGAAUUCCUCUGGAGACCAGAAGCAGAGACAUGUGCCAGUGCCCCACACCCCUGAUUUAAAGCAGCAAGAGCCCAAUUCCGCUACAAGCACAACCAUAACAAUUUAUUGGACUAUGCGCCAGGAAGAUGUGAUUGCUUGCUUUCAGGUGUACUGCAUGGAGGAGCCUCAAGGAAGCCAUGAUGAAAAUGCACUGCUUGAGGAAUACAGAGUCACCGUGAAUGAAAGUUUCCUCAUCUUGGAAGACCUUGAGCCGGACAAAUGCUACAGUGUCUGGGUUAUGGCUGUAAAUGAUACUGGGUGCAGCUUACCCAGUGACAAGGCUGUAUUCAGAACAGCUCCAUCUACCCCAAUAAUCAAGGCAGAGGAGUGUACAGUGUGCUGGGACACUGCUAUCGUCAGAUGGAGCACAGCACAUCCUGAAUCCACAGAAUCAUUUACCCUAGAGUGGUGCAAACAGUAUCCAUCAGAGGGAGAGGGACUGAGGUCCAUUGCUGGAAUCAAAGACCAGCAGUUGAAAGUAUCUUUGCAACCGAAUGAGAAUUAUUUCUUCUAUGUGAGAGCUGCUAACGUCGCUGGGACAAGUGAGCAGAGUGAAGCUGCCCUAAUCUCAACCAAAGGCACGAGAUUUCACUUACUGACAGAUACUGCACACCCAGUAUUGGAGCUCUCAUCAGACGGAACAAAUAUUAGUAUUUCAGAGCAAAGUGAGAUAACUGGGAUUCCAUUGGUGCUGGGGGAGGUGCUGCCUGCUAGAGGCUGCCAUUACUGGGAGAUGACAGUUGCAGGGUGCGAAGGCUACAGUAUAGGUGCCACCUUUCAACCUGCUAGAGAAGAAUAUGGCUUGGAACAUGACAGUACAUCAUGGUGUAUGCAGUGCUGCUCCACCUCUACAAGUUACUCAUAUAAGUUCCUCCACAAUGAGGUCUUCAGUGAAGUUCGCUUGACAGAACCUCCAGACCGUAUCGGAAUCCUCCUGGAUUACAGAACAGGGAGACUUUCAUUCUACAAUGUCCCAAAACGACAAAUCCUGUACACCUUCAGGAACAAGUUUCAGGAGGCAUCUCAUCCAACGUUUGCUCUAGAGACACCUGGG